AUGAGCAGCCCUGACUGUGGCUACGCCAGUGACGAGCAGAUCCAGGGCAAGAGCUCAGUGCUGCCAAUGAUGAUGCCCGGCCUGGGCCAGUGCCAGUGGACUGACACCAUGGAAGCCAAAGUCAAGUGUGAGCCGGGCAACAGGGGCAAAGCCGAGGCUCGGAUCCGACGUCCGAUGAAUGCCUUCAUGGUGUGGGCGAAGGAUGAGAGAAAGAGACUGGCCCAACAGAACCCGGACCUACACAAUGCCGAACUCAGCAAAAUGCUAGGGAAAUCCUGGAAGUCUCUUCUUCUGGCUGAGAAGCGUCCAUUUGUGGAACAAGCAGAGAGAUUGAGGGUACAGCACAUGCAGGACCACCCUGAAUACAAGUACAGACCAAAGAGGAAGAAGCAGAUGAAGAAGAUGAAGAGGGUAGAUGAGAACCUCUAUCCCAUUACAGAGCUUGUACGCUCUUCAGGACUCAACAAUCAUGGAAUGAUGCCAAUGGACAAUUUUUCUGGAGGCUAUGCUGAUCAUCAACAGCCCCAGGCCUCUGAGAACAACCACUAUACAGGACAACUCUCCACGGGACACUAUUACAAAGGAUACAAUUACCCAUCACGAUCAUCCCAGAUGCCACAGGCUUCACCUUUGCAUUAUUCUUCAUCACCCACCCAAGUGGAAAAUGAUAUGGUGCCCUACUCCUACAAUGGCUCAUGCUCCUUCUACCAGCAAAAACCCACCAGCUCCUUUUACUGUAAACAGAUGUCUCAUGUGGGGCAAAUGCCACAGAAUGUUCCAGAGCAGACCUCCCCACACAUGUAUUAUGGUCAAUCCUACAUGCCCUCCUCCAGCAGUCAUCAUCAAGUGGCACCCCCAGAGCACAUCUCCCCUUCACCGCAGCAGCUGACCAGAGCAGAUGGCAUCAGUCCCAGCCAAAUUGUGAAUGAUAUAGACAAGAAUGAGUUUGAUCAAUACUUCACGUUUGAUUUCAGGAAUGACACAGAAGACUAUGUCGGGAUUGAUAACAUUAACACAUUGCCAUCUUUAACUAAAGAAGCAGAUAACAGCUGUUACUACAAUUAUUGUGGAGUAUGAAGCACUUACAAUUUCUGGACUUUACUUUAAAAGACUAACCGACUGGACAUCAAUGCAAUUCAGUUUCUAGUGCAAUGUAACUUUGAGGAACAGUAGGACUGGUUUAAUUAUUUUAAUUAUAGCAUGACAUUUUGUACUUAUUUUGUAAAUUUACACAUUUUUUUUACCCGAAUAAAUUUACUAUUUUCUUUUGUA